ACCCUAAAUUUUCAACUCUGAUAAUUGAUCCACCGCUUUCCCAUUCAUCAAAUAAAGGUCAAGAGGGAAAAAUCAUCAUCCGAUUCCGGAUUUGAAUAAUUAUCCGAUCCCUUUUCUUCAACCAGCAAUUUGACAGAUCCUCCAGUUGUGAUUUUGUGUACAAAGCUUGGGGAUUGAGCUGUUUUGAAAUGUCAAUUGUUGACGGGCUUCCCAUUUCGCAAUAGAAAUCGUGAUGAGGAGCCGAUUGCCUUCCAAAAAUGCGUGAUUUUUCCAGUGGCGAAGGUUUUGUGGAAGUAACCGAAGAUCUAGCAGACAUGAUCAAAUUUGUGGCUAACGAACCCUCCGUGGGGCUAUUCUACGUCCAACAGCACACCCAAAACGCAGCUCCCAACCUCAUCAAUCUCAAGAACAACGUCGCUGAAAAAUCCCACGAGACAUCUUUGCAUACAGAAGAUCUCGAGGAUUCGAUCCUUAUGGUAAGAUCAAUGAAGGAAUGUGGUUUUCCGAUAGCUGAUGGGAUGAUCGAAGAAAUAAAAAAAUCCUUAUCCAUCAUGUCCUUAAAAAAACCGAAACGGGGUUUGAUCCAAGCCUCCAGCCCAAGUUUUCUUGCAAGAACUCGGUCAUGGACCCCGUCCACCACAUGGGGCCGUAAUCCAAAGUUCGACGAUGGAUCAAGCGGCGGAUACCUUUCGAGCGUAUUGAAGUCGGCGAAGCAACGGGCCAACGACUUCAAGUGGGUUCAAACUGAGUCUGCAGAAUCGAGUCAUUCCAAGGUCGAAAAUUCAGGAAAUAGUUCUUCUGCAGCAAAGCUCGAUUCGGAGGUAGAAGAUCUGCCAUUGUCGAGCAGAAAUGAAAGCGAACUCGAGGAAGAAUCGCCUAUUGGUAAAAGCUUGUCGCAGCAAGAACUGGUGUCCUUGUAUGAGAAUUACGAAGAGUUUAAGGCUGAUCGGGAAGCGAAACUCGAGCAAUGGCUGGGCAGUUCGAGAAAAGACGACGAUGGCGAUGUAACUCAGCAGGGCUCUACUCUCUGAUUGAUUCAGGUAUAAGAAUGCAUUGUGUGUGUAUGUUUGGUAUGGUGAAUUUGGAGCCUUUGUAUCAUUUAAGGGAAACAUGAUGAAAUAAAAUGGCAUGUCUGCUUCUUUCUAUCA